CUUCUCCGAUCUUCCAUAUUCUCUUCCCAAUCUCUUUUCUCAUCCGAUUUCACUUUUCCGAUCAGCUGAAUUUCCGGACAAUGUCGAAGCGGACGCAUCUGACGGAUCUAGGUUGCAUCGCUUGCGAGGAGCUGAGCGACCUGGGAGCUGGUCGGGAGGGCUGGCUCACUGACGAUCCCACUGUCCUCUGCGCUCUGGAGCCCAAUUCUCUCGCCAUCGCCAACAGAAAUCUUAUUCUCGUGCUCGGAUGGUCUGAUCCAGACGAACCAAGGGUCAAUAUCCGACCUGACUUAUCCUCGACCCAAGCCGAGUAUAUAACGGCGAUUGAAUGGCUGGUUUUUGAUGAUUUUAGGGUGGUAGCAGUUGGGACCUCCAAAGGGUACCUGUUGGUUUAUUCUUUGGCUGGUGAUCUGAUUCAUAGACAGAUGGUGUAUCCUGCUCGCAUCUUGAAAUUAAGAGUCCGCGGAACUAAGAGAGAAAUGACUCAAGAGACAUCAUCCUCGGAGGAGGUUUCUGUUGUCAUGGCUGGUGUAAUUGCUCGAUUUGAUGGCUCUGAUAUUCUGAGUAUGCUUCAACAAUGGUUUCAAGAAAUGAAUUCUCAGUUUUGGGACCAGAAACCCAAGAAGAGAGGUCCAGAUGAUCUGGAAAAUUCUUAUGGGAGAUUGCCAUAUCAGUUAUGGAAUGUUAACAAGUAUGGGUCAUGUGUUGAUGCAGCAAUCACUGGCAUAAUGCCUCCUCCAUUAUUGGAACUCCAGUCAAGUCAACGUUACUACUGUGCAGUCACUAUUGGAGAUGGUGCUGUGAUCUCAGCUUUUAGACUUUCAGAAGAUAGAAGCAGGUCCUUAGUGGGGGCCAUUUUGUCAAAAGUUGUGCCUGCGACAUUUUCAACCAUCGCAUCUUUUUCUAAAAUGAUAUGGCGGAGUGAACCAACUACAAACAGAAAGUCGGAAGAGAAGACUCAGCCAUUUGCUCGAGGUGAAGCUUGUUUAGUUUGUACAUUCAAUUUCUUUCCUAGUAUGAUGUUAAGCCUGCAACAUAAAGUCAUGUACCCAUAUUUGAUUUUUAUACUUCCUACUGAAUAUUAUCUCAUAACUAGGAUUAAGUAUUAUUGGAACUUGGAAGGUGAUUCAGUUAUCAAGAAUCUAGAUUGUUUCACUAAGAAAUUGAGCCAAUGUAGAAGAUGUUUAUACCAGUUAGCUGAUCUCUUUCUCCAUGACUUCAGUAACGUUAUAACCACUUUGUUUCAACAUCUCAAUUUUUACUGUAAGUUCUAUUUGUGGUAUUUCUCAUUUUUUCUGCUGGCUGCAUUUCCUGUUAUUGUUUCCUAAUAUCCUGCUUUUUCCUUCAUAUUUUGCUCUGUGCACUCACCAAUGCUUUUUGUGGCUAAGGACGUGUAUUGACUAAUAACUCCUUAUUGUUAUGAAAUAUGCUGGAAGUGUAAUGGAAAUAGGGUUUUUGUUUCAGUUAUAUUGUCCUGUCCAAGGUGAUAUUAUGGUGUUGUGUAUUCACCAUCUUUCAUGUUUCAUUUCAAAUUUGAUAUGCCAGUUAGCAUUUGAGAUUAGCAUUCUCUAUUUUGACUUUUCAAUUCUUAUUUAUUCUUUUGUAAGCCCUCUUGAAUGUCGUAUUGAUGGCAUCGCAGCUUCUCCUUUGACGUGUCUGAAGGAUCACCCAAGAAAGGGUGAAAAACUCACCUUGUCACCAAGUGGUACAUUGGCUGCGAUAACUGAUUCACUUGGUCGUAUAUUGCUCUUAGACACUCAAGCACUUGUAGUGGUGCGACUGUGGAAGGGAUAUCGUGAUGCAAGCUGCUUGUUCAUGGAGUUGCUAGUCAACAGAGAUCAACCAGGGUCAAGUUCCUUUUACUAUGAACCCACAAAGAGUGACUAUUGCCUUUGUCUGGCAAUUCAUGCACCUCGUAAGGGAAUUGUUGAGGUUUGGCAGAUGAGAACUGGACCACGUCUUUUAACCAUUCAGUGUGCUAAAGGUAGCAGAUUGCUACAACCUAGCUACAGGUUUGGAUCAUCAUUAGGCUCUCCUUAUGUUCCCUUGGAAGCUUUUUUGUUAAAUGGAGACUCUGGUCAGUUGUCAGUGUUGAAUCGAUUUGUUAAUUGAAUUAAUGAAGUUCGUUCCUUCUUUGUUCAAUACCAAUUUACUUUUAUCUCUAUCAUUGUCUGUUCCCUUGCUUUUUUACAGCUUAGAUUGAGAAAAGAUGAUUUUAAGCUGCAUUAUUUCAUAAAAGUUGACACAUUUUGGAGAUCAUGUUAGAAUAUUGGCAUACCUCCUUUUUUGUUAUGGUGGUUAGGUGGCAUCUUGGCCACUGCUCACCUUUCUAGUCUGUAGUCCAGUCCAAGAUAGACCAUCCAAGUUGAGACUAGGGGUCCCGUGAGGAAUUAUCUACUCAUCAAUUCCCCAGUGAAUCAAAUCUUGGUUAUCAAGGUGGACCAACUAUUCUUAGUAUUCUAGUUAUGUAUCUGUCUGGUUACUUUCCUUACUGACAUUGAUUUCUCUACACUAUAUUAUUAUUGCUUAGUUUCGUGCCUUAAACUAAAGAAAAGAUCAUUUGAUGU